AACACCGGGGAGUUUCCAAACACUGCUGGACUUGAAGAGCAAGCUAGUGUAGUCUCUGUAGAUCAUACCGGCAGAACAUCAGCACCAAGAGCCGAGAGCGACAAAGCAUCAGCCUGAAGGAGCAACAAACAGGACAGUCAACAUGAGCAGAUGUCUGAUAAGCAAGGCGGAGGUGCAAGGCUUCAUCGAGAGGUGCAUGACAGCAGUGGGCACCAAGCCACAUCAUGCCCACAGCCUGGCUGAGGUGCUGGUAGAGGGGGACCACAGGGGCCACUACAGCCAUGGACUCAACAGGAUGGACAUGUAUGUAAAGGACAUCCAGACAGGAAUCUGUGCCAAAGACGGUGAGCCGGUGGUGGAGAAGGAGAGUGCAGCCACAGCACUGGUGGAUGGGAAGAACCUCCUGGGUCCUGUGGUGGGAAACUUCUGCAUGAAUCUGGCCAUUAAGAAGGCCAAAGAAGCUGGCAUUGGCUGGGUGGUAGCACACGGUUCCAACCAUUACGGUAUUGCCGGAUACUACGCAAUGCAAGCUCUGAAGGAAAACAUGAUUGGCAUGUCAUUUACCAACACGUCCCCCCUGGUGGUUCCCACACGUGGUAAAGAGUGCACUUUGGGCACCAACCCCAUCAGUAUGGCAGCUCCUUCUAAAGAUGGAGACAGCUUUGUUCUGGACAUGGCCACAUCAGCAGCAGCACUUGGAAAGGUGGAGCUCCAUGAGCGGCGUGGAGACCCCAUCCCUGAGAGCUGGGGCUGUGAUGCCCAGGGCAAGCUGACCCCCGACCCUAAGAAGGUUCUGAAUGGAGGAGGACUGGUGCCCAUUGGUGGCAGUGAAGCCACAGGAGGGUACAAAGGCUAUGGUCUGGGAAUGAUGGUGGAAGUGUUCUGUGGUAUCUUGGCUGGUGCCCAGUAUAGCAAACACAUCCGCACGUGGAAAGUAACGGACCGUGUUGCCAACCUGGGUCAGUGUUUUGUGGCAAUCAACCCAGAGAACUUUGCUCCCGGGUUCACUGACAGGAUGUCAGACCUGCUAUCCAUCCAGAGAGGGAUGGAACCUGCUGAUCCCAACACUCCUGUUUUGGCUGCUGGAGAUCCAGAGAGGAUGAAUAUGAAGAAUUGCGAGGAGAUGGGUGGGAUACCCUACCACAUGAAUGUUGUCAACUACAUGAACGAAUGUGCUAAGAAAAUUGGUGUCAGCCUGCUGCUGCCAUGUGACAAGAUAAUCUCCAAUUAGUUGGUCCAGUUGAUAUACUGGAAGAGCUCUGGAAGAGUGUGACUUCAAGUCGAGCCCAUCAAGUUCACAUUAUGCAACUUGGAAAUGCAACUGUGUUUACGCACAUUUUACAUGUUGACAAUCAUAUUUUAUUCAUUCACACAUUUUUAAAAACUUAAUAAAAGUUUAAAUAAAUCUUCUUGUAAUAAACGGGUCACAUGGAAAAGGGGAUUCCUUGAAACAUGUUUUUAAUCUUACAAGUACAAUAUAUAUAUAUAUUUAUAUACAUAUGUAGUGUCUUGAGAUUCUGUAUAUUUAAGUUGCUUUAUCUAUGACAGUGAAAUACGCACAUUCUUUGUCUAAAGCUGUUGUAAGUUGUAGCAUUAUGGCUGAUUGUCGGAUGUGACUGAGUUAACAAUGUUUUAGUUGGUCCUGUUGAAAGAUAAGAAAGUCACUGUGGUUUGUUGUGAUUAACAGUUAGGUCACUGUGUCAGUGAGCCGCUUUGCUCUAAUUAUAAUGCAGUACAAUUUUGUAAUUGUACAGCCUGAUGACGCACAAACAAUAUUUUAACUUUUUACUCUCUUCAUUAAAACCCAGUUCUUAUAAGCCUAUUAUAAUUCUUAAUAAAAGCCAUGUAAAACAC